UUCUGGUCUACAUUUCACCCAUAUAACACUUUUCUGUCAGUUCAUCCAAAUCCUUGAUAUUUUGGUUUAAAUACAAAAUUUGUAUAAUUUCACGAAUUUGAUUCAAGAUAACUGAAUGGCGUCUCCCAACUUCAGCUCUAAAUCGAAUUUGCAUGCACUCCGAGCUAGCUCACGUUAAGAAUCUCACCUACAUAAGCCGGUUAGGAUUAUCUGUCCCUUUUUAUUUGGACCUGUCAUUGAUUUUGAAUUGCAACGCAGAUGAAAUGUUUAAAAAAUCAUAUAAACUAAACUGUUCUCAGAAGGUUAUACUAUACAGUAUUUGGUUAAAACGACUGAGAACCAACUAUUUUACAUAUUACCUAAUUUAAUUACAUUCUAUAUUUGUAUUAACAAGUUUUUAGUAAUAAUAUCACACAUAACACCAAACUCAGCCCUAUGAUGCAUGAUCUAAUUUGCAACCUUGAGACAUAAUGAAUAAUUAGAUAUUGGAUUUCCGACUUAUUCAACAAUGCAUGGCAGGUUUUUACUUAAGGAAGGUAUAAAAAAGCAUUGAAUACAUUUAUAUAGCCAAAAUGAUUUUUAAUUGCUAAGAGGAAAACAUCUUCACAACGUCAGUUAAUAUAAUUCUUUACUUGAAACAAUGUGAAUAAACCUUUUUCAAGGUCAUUACUGAGAAAAUGUUUGGAAAUGACAAAACAAAAUAUCAUUUUAUGAUCUCGAAGAGAGAAAAUGCCUGAACUUGACAAUUCAGUAACUUUUUUCUUUUUACAAUAUUUUGAUUAAAGUUCAACUGUGGUUGUAAAAUUUAUGAGUUAUUAAUCAAAUAGUAGCAAUCAUUGAUAGAGAUAUCAAGGUCUGUGUUAUGUAUAUAAGGUGCAAAUUUAAGUUAGAAAUAAAACGAUGAAAGAUUUAAAAGAUUAAUACUUUUGCUGAGACCCAAUAUUUAUAAGUACGCAAUUCCUCUAGUGUUUAUUAGAAGUCCUCAAAAUAUUGCUCUUGGAAAAAUGUUGAAGAAAUUCUUUUUUGAGUUAAAGUUAAAUAAAUUCAUAUCUAUAGUGUCUCCAACGGAAAGACGAGCUUUAAUGAGAAUUUUCUUGAUAACGAUAAGAAAUGUAUUCAAACAAUCUUAGGUUUAUCGAUGUAUUUCAAUUACAGAGCUUAUAGAUUAGAUGAAGUGAGUGAAAAAAACUCAUAUAAAAGUACUUAAAGUCUUGGGAAAAUAGGUUACUCUGGUGAUCUUAUCACCAUUUUAUUCCAACUUUUAGUUCAAGCUGAACAAGGCUUCAAAUAAAUUUCAAACACAAUACCGCAUUUAAUUUUCUUUUCAAUUGAAAAUACUUCUGAAUUUACGUUGGGCUUUUUAAAGUUACUAUUCAUAAUACCGAUUCUGUGUCAAUGACAUGAGAAAAUUCCAUUAUACGGUGUUAUGUUCAGUUUGAUAAGAAAUUUUAGAAUUAUCUUGAGAUUUAGUGAAAAGUAAGUGAUAAAUUUGAUAUCCAUAUACCAUAAUUGUGGUUCUUAGAAAGCAUGAAUGAUUUUUAUGUAGGGUAAAUGUUCGAAAACUGAAAAAAUAUUUAUCACCGUUGAAAUCUUACCCCUGUUAUUAUAUUGUGAAUCUUAUGAGUCAGAAAAAAAAAAUCACUUAAUACAUUUUAGUUUCACUUAAAAUAAAAUGAUGGUUAUAUUAGUUCCACAACAAUAGAUUUAAGUGAGAAUUAAUAAGGUAAAAUUCUACAACGUUAGUAAUAAAACAAAAAGAAAAAAAUACGCAUUUUUCUUUAAUUUAAAGCUGUGAGUGAAAUCAUAAAAUUAGUUUACGGCACUAGGUAAUAGAAGAAACGAUAUACAUAGGUAGUACAGCUUAAUAAAUUCUUUUAAUCAAUUCGUGAGUAAUACAUCUAUUUAACUUAAAUUGAAGCCGACAUUACUCACGAUAAUUAAUUUUUAUUUACUCUUUUACCAAGUAUAAAUUUGUUUAUUCAAUUGCCGUAUCAUUUUUCUUUUAUAUAUAUUUUGUGUUUUGAAUUCAAACUUUUAUAAAAGCUCUUGUUCUUUACGGCAAUUUAUUCUAGAUGUCUCUGUUACCACUUGCAGGUUAACAUGUGAAAAAUAUAAUGCUUGAUCAUACAUUUUUUAUUUCAAAAUAAGAUUGAUGUUCAAUGAUCGGAACGAUCGACUCUGAAGGUUGGAUCAUCACUCCAAAAUAAUAUGAUUUUUUUUUGAAAAUUUACUGCUUUUUACCUACACUGUCCGCUCUCUAAUCCGGAUCGGCGUAAUCCGGACGAGUUAUCGACGGUUACAUUUAAAAUAAUUUUGAGGUCAUGUAUGCAUAUGUGUUUUCAGCAAUGAAAAUGAAUUAUCCUGUGAUGUUUUUGUUUAAUAAAUGAAUUAUAAUAGCAUCACUGAGAAAAAAAAGAGGGUGCGAUUAACAUUUUUUCCUCAUAACAUUAACACUUUUUAGGUGUAAAAAUAUAUCAACAUUUUUUAAUGUUAAUUUUACACCUCUUUAAGGGUAAAAUGGGUAAAAUUAACAUGAAAAAAGGAUAACUUUAACCCCUAAUACACCUAAAAAGGGUAUUAUUUACACCGAUUUCGGAUCAAUACUGCAGAGUGAAAUUAACAUUUCUGGAAUGUUAUUUUAACUUUUUCGGAUUUCUCUCAGUGAUAGAAUUCUCUAAUUAUGUCUUUUAAUCUUCUUUAAAACUUUUAUUCUAAUUCUAGAAAUAAAUCUUGUAUUACAGUAGACUCUCUCUCAAUCGGGCAUAUGGGGCAAAAUGUCAUUCAAAUUAUCGAGAGAUUUGGGCAUCAAUAUCAUUAUAAAUUUUACAAAAAGCGCUCAAAUUUUAAGAAUCACGAUAAAACAAGGAGAAAUCCAGCGAAUUUGAACAAAUUUGCUUUAACUCUUUCGUCUCCUUUGGGACACUGGAUACCCAUGGAAACAACAAUUUUUUUAGACUAUCUAGAAUCGAUAAAAAUCCGAUUCUUCUGGAUAAGUACAAAAUAUAAGGAUGUCCAAAUCUAGGACAUUUUUUGCAGGAUCCUAAUUAACUCCUGAGCUUAGAUAUUUUUGGUCAAAAAUCGUGAAUUUUCGAUUUUCUGCUUCCUUGCAGAUAUCCUGACUUUUUUUUUAAUAUUUUUGACCAGAAUAAGGGAAAACCUCUCGGGGCCAAUAAGUAUGAUAACUAACAAUUACAGAUUGCAUAAAUUCGAAAAACAAUUUUUCUUAAAUUUUCAAAAAACUUGUUCAAACUUUAUGGGUACUCUCGUUCCCAAAAAUCUAGAGGUCAAAUGUAUGGUUAUUCCGCCAAUGCCCGCCAUUUGCUUUUUGACACCAAACUUGUAACAAAAUUCCAAGCGGGAGCGACAUUUUUGCCAAUAUGGCCGAUAAUUUUGACAUUUGGCAGCGAGGGAGGUUGCUUUCGGGGAAGUUUUUCCUAUUCUUCCAGAUUUUGGUGAAUUCUGAUUGUCGAUUAAGUGUUUUUUGGCUCUUGAGAAAGCUUAAUGUGUCUACAAUAACAUCCUGUUGAGAGAAAUGUGUUUUAAAGUGUUAUGUGUAAAAUAUUAUGAGGAAUCUGUUGGCAAGUAGGAGCUGGGUGUCCUUUUUAGCACUUCCUGGACAUCCCACAAGAUACUGGUCAAUAAUUCACCUUGUUUUAGUUAUCAACAUCGUACAGGAGUCCUUUGACACGCAAAAAUAAUUCACAAAAUUGAUAUUAUUGGCUUUUGGAAAAUUGAAGUUUGUAUCCUUUGCGUUCUUUAGGGGACGAGAGUACCCAUGAGUUUUCCAAUUUCCCAGAGGAGGAAAAAAUUCUUUCUCUCUAAAAGUAUCAUAUUUGACCACUAAGAGUUACAAUAAAGUGUGUUUUACUGAAAUUCGUUCGCUGGAUAUGUUGUGAUCCGGAAAGAGUUAGAAUGGACAAUAGUUAUUGAACAAAAUGGCGGAUAUUUGAUCUAAAUCGGCUAACCCUAAAGCCCAAAAUAGACACGGAUCUGCUUAGGGGUCAGCCCGAAAAAUGAGAAUUUGUGUCAAGAAUUGGUGUGAUCAGCUCAAAAUUUGGAGAAUCAGGCUGGUCUUCUAAAUUUGUGAGGUUUAGUAAAAUUACGGGGAUUAGGCGACAUCAGCGCCAGUGCUGAAAAUAAAAAACUUCACAUUGGGUGGUUUUAGGUGCUUUUCGAAAUGUCAAUCGGGUGAAAAAACAUGGAGAAUAAUGGUACGCAAUGUUUCAAAAUCUUAAAAUGCAUUAAGAUUGGAGUAAUGGGAAGGUCAAAGUGCAUAUAUCUGUUGAUCCAUUGAUAUUGCUCUUAAGAAGUCUUUCAGCACUCAAAGUGUGGAGAUUUAAUAGAAAUUUACACUGAAAACGCUAAUUCUUGAUCCUAAAUCCUCAGUGUAUGAUAAUUUGGGCUGAUCCUUUACCACCAAAUUUUUCGAGCUGAGUAUUCUCGAGGAUCAGCCUGUGUCUAUUUUCGGCAUAACAUUAAUUUCAUCUUCAUAAUAAAGCUUAAAAAAGCUGAAGACUUUUUACGAUAAUGUAAUGUUAACGUCCCUAAUUACCUUCAAGGCUUUUUUUUUAAUAUAGAAUGACAAAACUUAAGUAUUUGAGUGCCAAAGUGUAUCAAAAGUGCUUAACUUAAAGAUAAAGCAAUCAAUUUAUUUUAAAAUAUAUACAUUUACUAAAUUGUUAUUUUUAAGAUUUUUUGAUUUAUAGGGGAGACCGGGGCCGCAGAUCGGCCAGCAUGUGAAAUUUUUUAUAUCGUAUUAAUUUAAUCAAAAAAAUGUUGCAGGCUGAUAAAUAUUUCAAUGAAUAGGAAAGGAGGUGUUUACUGUCGAACAAGUAGUAGUUUCCUCAAUAUUCCUUCUAAGGCAAGCUAUAACAUUCCAAAGUCUAAUUCCAUGCGUAGCUAUAAUGCUGCUUCGGCCUCCCCUAAGAUAAGUCAGUAAUAUCGAAGAUCAAUUCCCCAAAAUGUUUUUUUCUGAAUUUUUUGGUGCUUCAACAGAGUUAUUUCAUAUUUUUUAUUUUGUGCUUUAAAUUGAAGCUUUUAUCAAAAGCUCUUGUUCUUUAACAACUUUUGUCCUAGAUGUCUCUGAUGGCAUUUAGUGGGUUGACAUGUAAGAAGUGACAGUGUCGUCUCGAAAUAAAAACACAUUUUCCGUGAAAAAUCGCGAUUUUUAUAAAUAUUUCUAGGAAAUACUAAAUUCUUUUGAUACCUUCCUAAUUGAAAUUGUACAACAAUGUCUGAUAUAGUUAUAUCCUCACGUGCUUACACAAAAAUGAUGUUUCAUGCCGCUAAAUAUCCACAUUGUGCCGUGAAUGGUGUUUUGUUGGCCAAUCGAGACACCAUAAAAUCCCGGAAUUACGAAAUUGUCGAUGCAAUUCCGCUCUUUCACAUAUGCCUUCAUGUUUCCCCAAUGGCUGAGGUGGCUCUUGUCCAGGUAGAGGCUGCUGCAGCUGAAGAUGAUCUUCAGAUUUGUGGGUACUACAGUGCAGCUGAGAAUUACAAUGAUAAUUCACUGGAGAGGGCUCCUGGAGGAAAGCUGGCUGAUAAGAUAGCAGAAAACAUUCCCAAUGCAUGCUUUGCCGUGAUUGAUAAUCGUGCAGUGUGCUUGAAUAUGGAACGUUCGGCUAUUAAAUUGUGGCAGAAUGUUGACAAUCGAUGGACCAAAGUGACGGGGAAAUUGAGUCAAAAUGAUGUUACAUUGUCGGCUGUGUCGACACUUCUUCAACGCGGAGCCAUGAAGGAUCUUGUGGACUUUGACAAUUACUUGGAUAACACGGAAAAUGAUUGGCUCAAUUUGCAUCUCAAUCGGGAUCUCAAUCAGAUUUUAGCCAUGUAUUAAAAAUGAUUUUUAUUUAAUUUAUAUUACAGAGCGCAAUUAACAAUUGUGGUUAAAAGAUACAAAAUGCUAAAAAAAAUACAACGGAGAAAUAAAAACAUGAACCAAAAACAGAAAAAAA